AUGGGUUCCAUCAAAGGCGGCAUCGCGCCCUUCGAGGCGACGCCCCUGGAGGAGAUCCAGGCCAAGUACGACACCCUGCGCAAGACGUACCGCACCAACCGCACCAAGGACUUUGAGUACCGCAAGAAGCAGAUCCGCCGCCUCUACUGGGGUCUCGUCGACUGCGCGCCCCUCAUCGAGGAGGCCCUCAUGAAGGACAUGGGCAAGUGCAGGUACGAGGCGCACGUCACGGAGCUCGAGUGGUGCAAGACGGAGUGCGUCAACGUCGCCAACAAGCUCGACGCCUGGGCCAAGGACGAGCCCGUCGCCGACCUGCCCCUGCAGUACUGGCCCAUGAAGAUGCGCAUGAGGAGCGAGCCCCUCGGCACCAUCCUCAUGAUUGGCGCCUACAACUACCCUUACCAGCUCAACAUCACGCCCGUCGUCGGCGCCAUCGCCGCCGGCAACACCGUCAUCCUCAAGCCCUCGGAGCACUCGCCGCACUCGGCCAUGGUCCUCAAGAAGCUCUUCGACGAGUACCUCGACCCCGAGUGCUACGUCUGCGUCAACGGCGCGCUGGAGGAGACAAAGUUCGUCAUGGACCUCAAGUUCGACAAGGUCGUCUUCACCGGCGGCAAGAAGACGGGCGCCAUCAUUGCCACCAAGGCCGCGCAGUCUCUGACCCCCGUCCUGCUCGAGCUGGGAGGCCAGAACCCCGCCUUCAUCACCAAGCACACCGACCUGAAGCUUGCCGCCCGGCGUCUGCUGUGGCAAAAGUGCCUCAACGCCGGCCAGGUCUGCCUGUCGCACAACUACGUCCUCAUCGACCGCAGCCUCGUCUCCAAGUUCAUCGGCGAGGUCAACUCCGCGUACCGCACCUUCAUGCCCCAGGGCGCCAAGAAGAGCCCCGACUUCUCCCGCAUCGUCAACAAGAUGCACUUUGACCGCAUCAAGGCCAUGGUGGACAACACCAAGGGCAAGAUUGUCAUGGGCGGUGCUACCGACGAGUCCGAGUUCUUCAUCGAGCCGACCGUCGUGCUGGUCGACAGCAUCGACGACACCAUGAUGGCCGAGGAGAGCUUCGGCCCCGUCUGGUCCAUCAUGCCCGUCGACAGCCUCGACGAGGCCAUCGACAUUGCCAACCAGGUCGACCCCACGCCCCUGGCGCUGUACACCUUUGGCUCGGACGCAGAGAACAAGAAAGUGCUCGAGAACGUCACCUCUGGCGGUGCCACGGCCAACGACGCCUUCUUCCACUGCAUGGUCAACGCGUCGCCCAUCGGCGGCGUCGGCUCGUCCGGCAUGGGCAACUACCACGGCUACUACUCGUUCAAGGCCUUCAGCCACCAGCGCUGCAUCGCCAACGUGCCCGCCUGGGCCGAAAAGGUGCUCCGCGUGCGCUACAUGCCCUACACGUGGGGCGAGCUCGAGCGCUACAAGAAGCUCUCGGCGCCCAAGCCCAACUUUGACCGCGACGGCAACGUCGUGCGGGGGCUCAAGUACUGGGUCGGCCUCGUCUUCGGCCUCGGCGGCAAGAGUGCGUCCUCGGCCGCUCUAAGGUGGGGGAUUCUCGUUGCCGUCCUUUCGUUCCUUGGGCUGAAGAGAAGCUCGCUAGGCCUGUAA